AUGGCGAAAGCACAGGGUCAGAUUUCUCAAAUUUUCCCGGAGUAUAUCUUACGUGACAAAUCACGAGCCUGCAAGCAGCGGUUCAAAGAGUGCUUCCAGAUCCCUGGUCUUGGUUAUGAUGACUGGCUGGAGCAAAGAUGCGCUGAGUUCAAUUGGUGGAUGUCAGGCCUCAACGCCGACAAAAGGGGACCAGAAUCCUUGGACGCGAAACUAAAACUGCGGCCGGAUGUCAUGGAGAUUAUUUCCACUGCACUCGAUGGCCUCGAAGGCUCUCUAUCCAGUUAUUAUGGGAUAGGUAGGGUCAUUUCUCUGUCGAUCUUGCAUCCACAAUGUGAUAAGGGUUUUGAUUCUCUGACUAGUGGCUCAGGGCUAGCAAAAUUAAGUUCUCAAUUGCCUGAUGGAAAGUCUACGGGUAUAUCAGAGGCUAUCGGUCAAUCUAUGUAUUCGGCUGAUGUGGAACGAUCGCCAUCACCCUGGUCCGAUAUGAGUGACAGCAGUCAUAAUUACACUACCUCUGCUACCUCGGGUUACGGCAUAUACUAUGAGCCGCGAGUGUACAUCGUGACCAACUUGGAAAUCCUCAUUCGCAUCCACACGGCCAUCAAACGCUCUAGCCUGAAGUUCAGCAACCAGCGCGCCGACGAGGCCCUAAAACAAGCCGAUGAAUUUUAUCAAAGGCAAAAGGCAGCAUCUGGGGAGCAUAGUGCCCUCCAGGGUCAAAAUGGAGAACAUGAGAGAUUCAGGCGCUAUCUCACUAAACUAGUUCUCUGGAAUGGCUAUACACAAAGUUUGAUACAGAGAAUGAACUUCAGGAUUGCUAAAUUGGAUAAAGCUUUCAAAUCAAAGGAUAAGAAUUGUUCUCAAAUUUUGCUUCAGGAGAAGAAGCUUCUAGUUAUAUUUCGCGCUUACUUUCAAGAUCCGGCUAGGUUGACAACUAUCCAGCGUCGCCUUAUCAACGCAAACGUAAUCAGACGAAAUCGCCUGAUCUAUGCUAGUAGCGCUACUAAGCAUCCUUCUCAAGUUAAAGAGGAGAAUCAGAAACCACCAAAGCCUAGCGACGUGGUUCAUCAAUCUGUUACAGUUAACCGAGCCAAGACAGUUCUUACUAGUUCUCAGCUACAGCCGCAGUUGAUAGAACCCGAUGAGCUUACGAAGGGUAGCAAGAAAACUAUCGAAAGUCUUGUGGUACAGCCGGCUACGGCUACCGAUUCAAGAUUUACUGUUACAGGUGCACUGGCGCCUCCCAGUGUGAAUAAAUCGGCAGAGACCAAGUUUUCGGCUAGGGUAGACUACCUUGACUACCCUAAAUGCCCUGUCCAACAUGGGCAGUUUCCCUGUCCAUACUGUUCUACUAUCUUAACAGAUGAAUAUACAGAGAAAGCCGAAUGGCGACGCAGGGGACACGUUGCACAAGAUCUCUGUGCUUAUAUCUGCGUUUUUGAGGAUUGUAAUUCUCCCGAUGACAUGUUCCCAUCCACAUACGAAUGGAUGUCACAUAUGUCCAGGUUUCAUUCUGCAAUCGAUUGGGUGUGUACAGUAUGCGCAAAACACUCAGCUUCGAGCAUUCGAGACGAUUCGGUUCUCUCUUUCCCAUCAUCUGCAUUACUGAAAGAGCACAUACUUACUUCUCAUCCCAUUCUUGAUCCCGCAGAAUUAGACCUCUUGGUCGAAGCAAGCAAGCGGACACUUGAGAUCCAAAGGGUGAGAUGUCCCCUUUGUAGAGUGGGUCUUGUGACGCUUGAGUAUGAUGAUGAAGAUGGUAUUAGCGGUAUGACAUCAAUUCCUCCUACGGGUCAAGAGAUUGGCCUGAUACGACUAGAGGAAGAUGAACACAUCGCUACUCAUAUUCACGAGUUUGCGCUCCAAUCCUUGCCUUAUCGACAGGAGGCUACAUCAGAAGGCUCCCAAGUAUCACUCUCACAGUCACAUCCCCAAUUCACAUUCCAGGACUUGAAAAGCCCGCAAGCUACGAAAUACAUGGAAAGAGCGUCCGCUGAGCAGCCACCAUUGUAUCAUCAUUUGGAGGAUGUAAAAACUUUUGGAGGCGAAGAUGUCGAUACCUUUGCGAUAUCUCUAAAUAAAUGUCGAGUUACGGUCUCUCAAGUUGGCGACUUGACACUAGAUGACAUUACCAAAGAGGCGCUGCGCUAUCAGUUAUUGAAUGAUUUGAAUCACAGCAAUGAAAUAUUGCAACAAGCUUUUACUUCAACGCUAGAUACGUCGAUAGGACAGGGCGAAGAGGUCCAAGCUAAAAAUCCUCAGACUGAUAAUGCUCAGAUAAAAGACGCCAAACCGCAAGAACACGAAGAAAAAGUAUCAAAAAAUAGAGGAGUUGAGCCCAAGGAGCAAGAACGAAAAAAAGUCAGAAGGAGAGAACCUGAGUCGGAGCCCGCAUCAGAAACAGCCCAAGUGCCUAAUACGAAAACAUCUACUACGAAUUCUACCUUCAAACCACCCGCCACGCAAUCAUCUGUCACAAAAGGAAACGGUCGAGAAUCUGAUGGUGUAAAAUCUGAUCUCGAAUAUCCUGAUCUCAAGUCAUCUAAGCACACUGAAAGUCCAAUUGUUGAUAAAGAAAAAGGCCUUGCUACAACUGAUACGCCCAUUUCGGAUGGACCAAGAUUCAGCACACCGCAAGAUAUUCAGGAAAACAUAAAUGGAUUCAUCAGAAAAGCCGAUCUUGGCUCAUUCUUCCCAAAUGAAUCUACCUAUAUUCCUACCGUGACUAAUAACGCAUUUGAGUUCAAAAAUAACAAAGACAAUUUACUUAAUCGAGAUAUUGACAUUCAAGGCGUUACAAGACUUAACCUCUAUCAGCCUGUGCUCUACUGCGACGAUAGCUCUUCUAUGAAGGCUAGCACCCGAGUUGACGACCAGAAGGACAUGGUUCGUCGAGUCACUAGAAUUUCUACUUUCCUGGUACCUCCAGGCCAUGGAACGAGCUUACAAUUCAUUAACCAUGUCCGUGAUAUACACGAUAAUAAACUAAGUCAGCGAGAAGUUAAGGCUAUCAUGAAUUCGGUGAAGCCGACUGGCCAUACGAAGAUCGGCACCAAUUUGAAGAAAAAGAUUCUUCAACCCCUAGUUUAUGAUGUUAUAAACAACAAAGGGAUAAUUGAACGACCAAUUCUCGUUUCUUGUAUUACAGGUGGCUGCCUCAGUCGUGAACCGGUCGACCAGUUUAAGGAGACGAUUUUAGAAUGCAUUCGAAUUCUCAAAGAAAACGGCUAUCCACCCUCAACCAUUAAAUUCCAAGUCAGCCAGAUUGGCAAUUCAUCUAGGGCUGAUAAAUACCUCAAACAGCUUCAGCACGAUGAUGAUCUUAAGGGAGUGGUCUAUUGCACAGCUCUAUCUUACUAUUUACAAUACGACUUCGGCUAA